AUGCCUGGACCAAUUUACGGCAUCCGGUAUCCUUUUUCUCCCUCUCACCAGCCCAUUCCGUGGUUCCAGGACAAAAGGAGUGGAACACUCAGGAGCAACACUCCGAGAGCCAACACACCGAGAGCCAACACACCGAGAGCCAACACACCGAGAGCCAACACACCGAGAGCCAACAAUUCGAGAGCCAACACUCCGAGAGCCAACACUUCGAGAGCCAACACUCGAGGAGCGAAACUCGACACAGCUGUGGCCCAUCCAGCCUCUGGUUUGACAUCCAGCAUCAGCACUCGUUUCACAUUCAUGCAUUCAUCCGUUAUUGCUUCAAUACUCCUGCUAUCCCGUUGUGUCCUUCAUUUGCUCUCUCAUUUCCCCUCCCUGCCACUUUCACCUCCCCUACCUGUUCCCUCCACCCAUUUCCACUUCCUCUACCCAUCCCCCCUCUCCCUAUCCAUCUCACUCCAGCAGCGUGAACUCAAUUGGGGUGCAACGUUGUGUGCGGUGCCUGAGGGUGAUUCUGCUCAUGGCACAGCGGUGCUGCUGGUGAGGGUGAUGGUUCCUGAUAGUGGCGCUCCAACUGACACUUCAAAGAGUGGAACUCCAUCUGGUGGGACUCGCUGCUCUCGUGAGAAGCUUCAUCUGGCGGGACUCGCUGCUCUGGUGAGAAAUUUCACCUGGCGGAAAUUCAGGGCAGCGCCUAACUACAGGUGUCCGGGAGCAGAGGAGGCCGCAGAGGGAGCAGAGGAGGCCGCAGAGGGAGCAGAGGAGGCCGCAGAGGGAGCAGAGGAGGCCGUAGAGGGAGCAGAGGAGGCCGUAGAGGGAGCAGAGGAGGCCGUAGAGGGAGCAGACGAGCGGGAGAAGAGAUACAGGAGCAGAUAUGAGGGAAACGAUUUGUGUCCCCUCUGUGUGACUGCACCUUCACCCUUUUCUCUCUCUACUUCCUUCCCUGUCACCGCUCUUCCUUUCCCUGUCGGUCUUCCAUUAGGCGAGGACACCAAGCCCUCUCUCUUUCUUCUUUCAAAGUCAUCACUGCCUCAUACCUUCCUUGUCUCCUUCUCCCCUGCCUUUCAUUCUGCAGUCGAACAAGGGGCUAAUCAACUGAUCCCUCUUUCCGUGGUACGUUCCUCAUCCCCUCCCAUCCCUCAUCCCCUCCCAUCCCUCAUCCCCUCCCAUCCCUCAUCCCCUCCUAUCCCUCAUCCCCUCCCAUCCCUCAUCCCCUCCCAUCCCUCAUCCCCUCCUAUCCCUCAUCCUCUCCCAUCCCUCACCCCCUCCUAUCCCUCAUCCCCUCCCAUCCCUCAUCCCCUCCCAUCCCUCAUCCCCUCCCAUCCCUCAUCCCCUCCUAUCCCUCAUCCCCUCCCAUCCCUCAUCCCCUCCCAUCCCUCAUCCCCUCCCAUCCCUCAUCCCCUCCCAUCCCUCAUCCCCUCCUAUCCCUCAUCCCCUCCCAUCCCUCAUCUCCUCAAAGCUCUAUGCUCGGUCAACUCUCGCUUUCUUCCUUCCCGCUUCGUCACGCCACCUUUUCUUCUCUCGUAUCCUCCUGCGCCGCCAUCUUACAAGCAGGCACGGCAAUGGUGGCAUGGGACGGACUACAGGCGAGGAUUGGACUGGACCCACCCCCCCCCCCCCCUCACCUCCCCCCCGGAUAGCUCCUUCGCGUUCCUCCCCCUGCAACCCACCUCAUUUUCGACCCACCUCCCCAUGGGACCCACCUCAGCAACCCCCACGUAG